ACGCUGUUGGUAGUACUGACAGUACUUGCAGUAAAUAACGGAACGCAACCAUACGUUAUUUGCUGUAUUAUCUGUAUUACUUGAAAAGUUGUUACUUUGCGUAACACAAUCACUGAAUUUUUCACGAAUAAUUAAUAUGUUCGAAAGAAAAUUGAAGGCACUCGGUUAUUUUGAAUGGGACAAAGUUAACGCAAACAAUAAUCAACACUUUAGGAAAGUGAUUGUAUGGUUGGAAGAUCAGAAAAUACGCCAUUACCCAAUAGAUGAUCGUAAGCUAUUGAGAGACAUUACUUCCUCAGAAUGGCCAAAGAUAUUUGUGAAAUAUUGUAAUGAUGUCAACUGUCCAGUAACUACGAAUACAAUGGAUCAAUUAGAAUGGUUCAUAGGAUAUGCAAUUUGGUUAGAGUUUGGAGAUGAUUGUCCAAAGUAUCAAAAAGUUAUAGGAAGCAAGGCUAAAGUGACUAAUAAGGAAGCUAAUGUGCCUAAUGUCAAGUCUGUAAAUCCUCUAGAUAAUUUAGAUUUCGACAGUAAUGCUUUCAAGGUUGGAGUUAGCUCAAUAGCAAAAUUAUUAAGAGUACCGCAACAUUCUGACCAUCUUGUGACAUUACAAGCAUGUAGCAAGCUCAUAUGUAAUAAGUUGAAUGCAGAGGUUAAGCAACCCACUACCAUUAAGGGUAAACCCCUAACGGCAAUGGCUGUGGGGCCUGGCUUUAAUAUGGGCGACAAAAUGCUAGACAAUGCCGCCAGAGGCCUUUCUUUGCUGUACAUUCAGGAUCUAAGGAAUCUCCAGACAAAGAUUAACGAGACGAUUGUCGCUGUACAAAAUAUAACGGCUAAUCCGAAGACUGACACGAAGUUGGGAAAAGUUGGUAAAUGAAGAACUGGUCCUAUGAUUUAUUUUAGAAAGGCGCCUUCAAUAUUUUCCAACGAACAAUAUAAUAGACUGUAUCAUGAAAUCAGAAGAAUAUUCUGGAGUAUAUAUACGUGUCGGAAAUUUGUAUAUCGUCAAAUAAUAUCCGUCGUAAUUGUAAUGUGAGCAUUAUUAAUUUAUUUCUACACUGUCGGCACGUCAAGUUUCCGAAUAUGUCAAUUUUGCAAAGGAAUAUGAUGUAGUGUUUAUUGCUCGCUCUACAGAAUCGAUAUUUUUCACGUGUUAUCUAAGCACAUCAGGUAUCACUGUAACAAAGAAUACUCAGCUUGUGCAAAAAUAAAAACUAUCCUGUUAACUUAUUUAUACUCCAUAAAUAGAUUUAAAAACAUUUGAGUAAUAAGUCACAUCACAUCAGAGUAUAAUCUUGUUAAUUUAUUUAAAAAUCAGUGCACAGGCGAAAUUUGUAAAUCGUGAAAAUCGUUUCGUGUUUAAAGUUGUUAGUCGCGAAAUAUAUGAUCGUAUCUAAAUAAAAUUCACGUCAACUAUAUCGCGAAAAAUAUAUAUUUUUUAAAAGAAUAAAUUAUGAAUUUAUUUAAUAUACAUAUAUCAUGUAAAGGUAAAUUAUUCAGGUAAAUGCAUUUGAAAUCCAUUUGGUUUUACCUUGUCAUUUUUUUCCAAAUUAAUACCUUCGCUACCUGCGUCACACAGAUGUGACGCACCAGUCUCUCACUUCAAAUUUAUCUUUACUCAAAAUUUUCAAUUUUACUUAACAUGGUCGCUACCAAUGUUGCAUAUGUAUGACAUUUUUCUUUGUAUAUUCAUAUACAAAACAAAUCAAAUCUGUUUUACAUAAUUACAUAAAAAUAAAUAUGAUAUGGUCUGUGGAGAGAAUUCGCCAAAUAAACCGUGGUGACGAACAUGUUAAAUAAUUAAUUGAUGUAUAUAAUUUUAAUAUAAUAAUAAAUGGUAACCGAAGGUUUUGAGAGUAGAUUAGGCCAAUAUAACGAAAGAACUGUCUCGUACUUCCAUCUUAUUGGCCUUAUACUCUAAACGCAUUACAGAGAAGAACUAUCGUAUAUAUGUUACACAUACAUUUUCAUAUAAACGCAUAUCUCUACGAGUUAAGAAUGAUUGUUAGAAAAAUUAUGUCUCAUCACACAAUCACAUCACAUCAGAUAAUUAAUAUGACGGAAUUUUUUAUAUAAGCAUAUCUGUGUGAUUGAACAUAAGCCAUAAAGUAUGUAUAUAAUGCCAAUAAAGAGACGUGAUCUCUCUUGUAAACGCGUACAUCGCGUUCGUCAAUGUAUUUUUACGUAAUGUAUUUUAUGUAAGAUUACCCGCUUGCGCGCGACUCCUUGAUUUUAUUAUCGGUCUGGUAUUCACUAGAAUAUACUAAAAUCCGUUAAAUAUAAAUUACUACAUUAUAUGUAAGAAGAUACGAAUAUGGGAAUGUGUGUGUAUAAUAAAUUAUGUUUUCUUACAUA